AUGACAGAAGAGUGCAGUGCUGCGAUCGCUAAUCAAGCUCCUAAGAAGAAGAGAGGCCCUGGAUGUCCAACCAUCCCGUAUUCAAUUGGAGUGCUGAUGUUCGAAAGGGCAUUAUGUGAUCUUGGUGCAAGUGUGGGCAUCAUGCUUAAAACUGUGUUUGAGAAGCUACGCCUGCUGGAGUCGGAACCAAGUGCUAUGUGCCUGGAGUUGGCGGACAACACCAUUCGUUAUCCUGAAGGCAUUGCUGAAAUUGUACCUAUGAAGAUCGGGAAUCACUUUGUCCCUAUUGACUUCCUGAUACUCGAGAUGGGAGAAGAAGCUAAAUCCUCACUCAUUCUGGGAAGGCCAUUCUUGAAGACCGCAAGAGCAAACAUAGACAUUGGGAAGGGCGAGAUCAAGUUCAAUAUUAAUGGCACUAUGAGCGCGUUCAAGUUUCACCCACGCUUUGAGGUAUGCAACAUGAUUUCUAGCAAGUAUAUACCGCCACAACAUUGUGUCAAGCAGGAGGAGAAGAACAAGAAGGGAGAAGAAAAGAAGCUAGUGCAAGUUGCUAUCGUCCAAAAGAAGUAA